AUGACGAGUACUAGCCAAGCGGGAAAUUACAAGCAAGGCUAUUCCAGCCAGACUGUCUCGACCCAACAAACUCGCACAGUUGAGUCAGAGGCCGCCUUCUUACUGCCAUAUAUCAAAAAGACACACUUGAUUCUCGAUGUCGGUUGUGGUCCUGGUACCAUUACUGCGGGGUUCGUCAAAUAUGCCAGUGAAGGAAGAACGCUCGGCAUUGAUAUCUCAGCAAAUGUCUUAGCAAGGGCCAGAAUAGUGGCCAAUGAUCUCGGAAUUGCUGAAGACGGACCAGGCUCCAUUGCUUUCGAGGAAGGUAAUAUCCUGGAAGGGCUCGCCUACGCAGAUAAUACAUUCGACAUCAUAUUCUGCGCUCAUACCUUUGGGUAUAUGCCGCCACCAGACAUGCCUGUUAAGGCACUUACCGAAAUGCGACGGCUCCUAAAGCCUGGGGGGAUCUUGGCCACGCGCGAUACAGUGGACCAGCACUUUUACCCACGGAGUGUGGACCUUGACCGGCUUUGGGUAGGAAAUUUCCGUCGAGCGGUGCUCAAAGGGGACACUGAAGCAGACCUUUCGCCGGCCGUUAUGCCGGCAUUGUUUCGUCUUGCGGGGUUUGACGCUGAUGGGGGCAAGGUUCGUAUUGGCACUGGAAGCUCAGUCUUCUCGGGUCCAGACACUCGACAGUGGCUAGCUAAGCGUGCACAGAGCCAGCUACAGUCCGGCGAUCCUUUGCACCGGAGCUGGCUCGAGGCUGGUAUUGCUCAAGAAGAAAUAGACGAGACGCUGCGGGCCUCGAAGAAGUGGGCUGAGACGGAGGACGCUUGGUAUGCGGCGUUGCAGUGUGAGAUGCUCGCGUGGAAGUAG